UCCAAUUCUCCAUCCAACAUGGCAACAUCCCAGGCUGGUAGCACCAUAGCAGCAGGCCAGCAGCCGCGUGUCCACAUCCUAGGCUCCCAGCAGCCGCUGCCGUAACCUAGCAGCCGCCGUCGUCCACAUCCCAGCAGCCGCUGCCGCCUGCCGUCUAACCUAGCAGCCGAGCGCCCGAGCGUGCCGAGUUGCCAUCGACCGUCGCCCGUCGAACCGCACCGAGCGCCUAGCAGGCUAGCAGCAGGCAGUAGCCGCCAGCCCGCCAUCCAUCACCAGUUCCCCACUGCUCCGCGUUGUCCUGCCAGGCUGCCACUGUCGAGUGCCGACCACAUCCCAGCCGUGGAGGCGCCCAGGCCGUGAGCCGCGGAGCACGGUGCACGACUGCACGCCCGGCCGCCCGCGACCUGUGCUCGCCUGCACCACCAAUUAUUUGAAGCCAACAUUGAAGAACGGCACCAACAUCAGAGGAAUCUUGCAACAUAUGUGCUAAGUGCUCAGUGCUUAUUUUUUGUUCUAGCAGAUUUGAUUAGUAGAAACAAGUCUUGGUCACGCAACAAGCAUAUGUGCAGUAACACAACAAACAUAGAACUAGCGCAAUUAGCACUACCUUUGCUUGUCAUUUAGUAUCUAAUUUUCCUACUGAGUAUGACAACAGAUAAAAAACAGCUCGGGCACAAUGAAUAUGUGCAGUAUCCAACAAUGAAGAUUAUUAUUUCUUUAAUAAUAAUUUUCCUACCUUUGUUCUAGCAGAUUUCUUACUAUGUGUUUCCUUUUUAAUACUCCCUUCGUCCCAGUAUAUAAGGCGUAACCACCUCUGGUUCAAAGACCAAGAAAUGCAUUUAAUUGUCUCUAUAUCACUGCAUCGAUAUACGUAUGCAUAGAGAGAGCACGCCUUAUAUUGUGGGACAAGAAUAAAAAGUGGUUACGCCUUAUAUCCUGAGACGGAGGGAGUAGAUGCCUGAACCUGAAGACAUAUUGGACAAGGGCAUGGAAUCAGUGGGCACUGGCACUCUAGAAAAUGAUGAGACACAAACACAACCAUCACAAUCACAAGGGGCUACUGAUCAAGAGGUGGUUGACCUUGACAAGAAUUGUGCACAACAUGAAAGGAAGAAGAUGGCACCAAGAUCAGAUGUGUGGAACCAUUUCACCAAGAUCAAAGAUGAUAAAGGCAUUAUGAUAGCUGCAAAAUGCAAGUAUUGCCAUCGCAACAUGAAAUCGGACUCCAAGGGACAUAGUACAUCUGCCUUGAAGAGACACCUUCAAAGUUGCAAGCACAAUCCUAACAAGUUUGAAAAAGAUGGAAAGCAAGGAUAUUUACAAGCAAUACAAGGGGAAGGUGUUUCUACUUGGAGGUUUGAUCAAGAUGCGCUUAGGGAGGCCUUCGCUGAGAUGAUUAUUGAAGAUAAGCUGCCUUUUGCUUUUGGUGAAAAGCCUGGCUUCAAGAAAUUCAUGUCUAAAGCUUGCCCACGUUUCCAAGCACCAUCUAGAAGAACAUGCACUAGGGACAUAGUGUCCCAAUUCUUUCGAUAGAAAACCAAAGUAAAGUCUUUUUGUAGAGACUCAUGUCAAAGAAUUUGCUUGACCACAGAUUGUUGGACUUCCCAACAACAAGAUGGUUAUAUGGUAGUGACUGCAACUUUUUAUAGAUGAGGGUUGGAAUUUGCAUAAGAAAAUCAUUGGAUUUUUAAGGUUAAGGGACACAAGGGAGAAGAUAUUGAAAAAGUUUAUUGAAAUGCCUGACUGAAUGGGGAUUGGAGAGAGUUAUGAUGAUAACAGUUGAUAAUGCAUCAACAAAUGAUACUGGUAUUGCUUAUUUGAAGAGGCACCUAGGAAGAACCCACAUAGCAAAAGACAACUUUCUGCACAUGAGGUGUGCUGCCCAUAUUAUUAACCUUAUUGUGUGAGAUGGUUUGAAAGAAGUGGACAUCUCAGUGAAGCGUGUUAGAGGUGCUAUUAGAUAUAUCAAAGAUGGGACUUCAAGAUUGGUUAAGUUCAAAGAAAUUGCUGAGGAAGAGGGGUUGAACACCAAGGCAUUUCUAAAGCUUGAUGUCCCAACUAGAUGGAACUACACCUAUCUCAUGCAUUGGGGAGUUUGGCACACAAACAAUAAGGAGAACGAGUAUGUGCAAGAGAUGGAGUUGGAGAAGGAGAGGGGAAAGGCGAGGGGAAAGGGAAAGGAGAAGGAUAAAGAGAACAUUAAUCUACUCAUUUUUGUUGCAGCUUUUCUUGAUCCAAGAUACAAAUUAUCUAUGUAUAUGAAGAUUAUUGUUGAGGAGAUAUUUGGUGAGGAUAGGGGCCAAUUAGUUUGGGCAGCUAUUAACUCUUGUGUUCGUGAGCUGUUUGAAGAAUACAAAAAUAUUUAUGCUCCAACUGAAGUAACUGAUCCUAGUGAAGCAAAGGGUGGUAGAGGAGGCAAACUUAGAGAAGUAAUUGCCAAGAGGAUGAAAAUGACCAACUAUUCUAGUAGCACAACAAAGUCAGAACUUGAAAAGUAUCUAACUGAAGAGACUGAAGACACUGAUACAAAGAUUGACACACUUUUUUGGUGGAAGGUAAAUGCACACAGGUUUCCUGUUUUAGCUCACAUGUCCCGUGAUGUGCUUGCUAUUCCUAUCUCAACAGUGGCUGCAGAGUCUGCUUUUAGCAUGAGUGGAUGUAUCUUAGAUGACUUCCAUACAUCACUAACUCCUUUCAUGCUGGAGGCACUUGUAUGUACCCAAGACUGGUUGAGAAGGACUACUCCAAUCAACAUCCAAGAGAAUAUGGAGGAUUUAGCCAUGAUUGAAGCAGAUUUAAUUGAAGAAUUUGGUGAGAAAGGAAAAGGGAAAGAAAAUCCUACCACUUCUAAGUCUCAAGCAACGCCAAGCAGCAGUAGAUGCCCUCCCUCUAAAUCUAUGAAAGAGCUACUACUUAAGGUUUGAAAGCACUUAUGUUUUACUUGAUCCUUAAUUUCUUUGUGUGCUAGUGUGCUACUGCUUACUUCUAUGAGCAAAAUGGUUAUUGGCUACAAAUAUUGGAGGAUUGGAGCCAAGUAGUCUAUGGAGGAUUGGAGCCUGGAGGUUGCAGUGCAGCACUUUCUUUGCUUGAAAUUUUAAUUUUGCAUGUCGCAUCGACAAAUAAUGGCACUCACAUGAUAACGACAGUCGUGCUGUCAAGUGUCAACAGUCAACUGAUGCUCGGAGGUUGUAGCUUACAAGUUACAAGGUCUAUGGAGGAUUGGCUACAGUUAUUGGCUUAUUAGUUAUUACUUGAGAGUUGUGUGAGCUGUGUGACUUGACAGUUGAGAACUUGAGAGUUGAGACUGUAUGUGUGAUUUGUGAACAUGUUUGUGAAUCUGUCCUAGCUGUCUGUAGCAUUUUAUUGCUUGUA